AUGGCAUCACAAGAGAUUGCAGAAAACAGCAAUUUUUCGCCAAAAGCCAGCACCAGCAAGCUGCCAACAGAUGCGUCUCCCGACUCCAAAUGCCCCAUCUGCCUGGACAGAUUUGACAACGUCGCAUAUCUAGAUCGCUGCUUGCAUAGGUUCUGCUUCCGCUGCGUCCAAGAAUGGUCAAAAAACAAAGCAGAAUGCCCGCUCUGCAAGCAACCCUUUUUUUCCAUUUUCCAUACGAUUCGUGCUGAAGAUGACUUCAAGGAGUACAUACUCAGCCCUUUAGAAACAAGCUCUUUUGCCAGCCCCGAUGGCCGGAGGUUUCGUUAUCGCACUACCUUAACGAGGGAACGCCGCACGCGCGGUUCCCCUUCCCGGAGGAUGCCGUCCCCUCCGGAUAACGGGAUGUUGUUUGAAGGGCUGUCGAGCGAGCCGACGCGACACAGACACAGAGAGAUUCAGCAGAUGCUCAGGAGGCUGGCCUCCAGGAGAAAGGCUAGCGCAGAGGGCAGAUCUCUGCGGCAGAUUCAGGAGGAGGACAUGAUCACCUUCCGCAGGGCUCUGUACCGCACCGGCGUGCGCAUCCGCAGCAUUCAGGACGGCGGCCGAUACCGAGAGAUUUCGGCGGAGUUCUUCCGCCGCAACCCCGCUUGCCUUCACCGCUUGGUUCCUUGGUUGAAGCGAGAACUUACAGUCCUGUUUGGUGCCCACGGGUCUCUGAUCAAUAUUGUGCAGCACAUCAUCAUGAGUAACGUGACUAGAUACGAUCUGGAAAGUCAGGCCUUUGCUGACGAUUUAAAGCCGUUUUUGCUGAAUCGGACAGAGCACUUCCUGCACGAGUUCAUCAGUUUUGCUCGUUGUCCUUUUAACCUAGAAGCGUACGAUCAACACGCCAAUUAUGACUGUCCUGCACCAUCCUAUGAGGAAGGAAGCCAGUCAGACUCAUCCAUUAUUACAAUAUCUCCAGAUGUGGCGUACCCGCAAGGGCCAGAUAGUAGUUUGUCUGUAGCUGGUCUUGGUCAGGCCCCGUGGGAUGAUGAAACUCCAGGGCCUUCCUAUUCCAUUUCGGAAGAGGUUCGUGCAACCAUAGCUUCUCCUCUGGAGUCAUCGGAAAGUUCUGAUGAAGACUCUGCCUCAGGGAGCCGAAGAGCCAAGCUGCAGACGGAGUUACAGGCUAAUGCGGACUCAAAUGACAGUGGCUCUUCCUCAGACAAUUGCGUCAUUGUCGGGUACGUUAAGCCCUUAGCGGAGAGGACACCAGAAGUGGUUGAGCUGUCCUCUGACUCUGAGGAGUCCGUCAAAGAAGAGAAAAGAGAAGAUGUCAAGAAACAGCGACCAGUCCAGUGUCACAGCUGGAGUGACAGUGAACCAAGCAGGAGCUUCUCACCACAUUCCCCAUCAUAUAGGGAGGAUGUAGGAGGUAGCAGAAGGUAAAUACAGUGCCAUUAAAAGACCAUGUGAGCUUGUCUUUAGCACUUAACUUUAUAGCUUGCUUGUCAUCAGAAUAUUGCCAAUUUCAUAUCUUGAUUUCACGUUACUAAAAAAUUGCAUGUGCCUGCCAGGAGAUAAUAAGAUUAGAAUGACUGGGCUGGGCAAUACAGGAAAAAAAUAUUCAGAAAUGCCUGAAUUCCAGGAAACAGAAACUCUUCUGUGAAAAUGUCUUUUCAAUCAAUUGUAAUCACAGCUGUCCACUGAUAACCUCAGGGCUGGGAUGAGACAUUAGAUUAAUACCAUCAAGU